AUGGUACACCUCUGGGAACACUUCCUCACGACGCCGAAAUUACGGGGGUCACUUUUCAUCCUUCUUUUUUGUCUCGGUGUCUCUCUUGGUGACGACAGGACACGGAGCGAUGGCCCCACGGCGGGGGAAAUGGUCGAAACUUACAACACAUAUUACAAUUACAUUGCACUUACUGGACGUUUACGCUCUUUAGCCGCGAGCUGCCCUCACAUAGCUGCCCUGUCUAGUAUAGGUCAGUCCGUGGAGGGCAGGGAGCUGUGGGUGAUGCGGAUCACCUCGGACCCCAACACAGACGCACCGUGGAAACCCAAAUUUAAAUACGUGGGGAACAUGCACGGAGACGAAACCGUGUCCAGGCAGGUGUUGAUGUACCUUGUGGAGUACCUGCUGACUAAGUACGGGGAGGAUCCGCGUAUAACUGAGCUGGUGAACACCACGGAUAUUUACAUCAUGCCCAGUAUGAACCCUGACGGCUUUGAGAAGUCCAAAGAGGGGGACUGCUUAGGACAAAACGGGGGACGGAACAAUGCCCAAGACGUGGACCUCAACAGAAGUUUCCCAGACCAGUAUGAUGGCCCGUCUAACAACCCAGAUAACGUGCCCGAAGUAGAUGCUGUGAUCAGAUGGAUCCAGGAGAAAAAGUGAGUGUUUUCCCCCCUGCAUGGUCUCCUCAGAGCCCCAUGAUCCACAGCUGUUCGGGAUCCCAGACAAACUGUUCCCCUUGGCCCAGAUUGAAAUUAAUCAGUAGGCUUAACUUCAUCUCAAACAUAUUAAUAUGUAUCCCACUGUGGAGAGUGAUAAGCACUUAUAUCGAUGACCAACUAAAGUCUUUGUCUACUACUCUUUUUUUCUAUGUAGACCAAAGGGGAGGCAGGAGGUGCUCAUAACAUACUGAAGGACCACUGUAGCUGGACAACACAAUGAGCAGGGCUGACAUAACUGGCUUAUUUAUAGAGCUGUUCAAGAGACCAACAUAGAAAAAAAAUGAUUAUCGAGUUACAUAUGUCCUCUUUGAGGGUGUAGGGGAGUGUGGGGUAAGUUGAGCCACUUCCUGUUGCUUGGAAAUGGUAAGAGAAAUUGAUCAUGUGACCAAAUAUUUAGGAGAUGGGCAUCAAUUCAUGGAGUCUGUGAAGGUUAAAAGCACAUUGGUGAAGGGGUUAGACAUUUAUUUAAAAAAAAUAAAAACUUUUUUCAGUCUUGAAAGUGAAUUUAGUCUGUCAUAAGUUUUAUUAGAAUGUGUUCAAACCAAAAAAGAGCAUUUUAAAUUUGUUUUAUACAUCAAUUGUGGUAUCUAUGAGCUAAAACAUGAGCAUAAAAGUCCACCAUUUUAGCUCAGAGGACUAAUAAAGUCAUAAUCGUAGUUCUGGGGUAAGUUGAUCCAGUGGCUUAACUGAGAAAGUAAAGGAGUCUGAUGAGAGGAUCAGAGUUUCAGUUCAGAUUGUUGAAAAGUGUUACUUUUUCUCUUCAAGAAUACAGCUGUGAAUGUUCUGAAUCACUUAAAGGCAUUCUCAUGUUAAAAUGACUUUUUACAAAACAGCUUUUUAGCAGUUAUAUGCAAUAAUAAUAAAAAGAAUUAUUGCACAUGUUGAAUAGUGUAUGAUAGAUUAAAAAAUACACAUGAUUUUGAAGAACUGACUGUUAUUUAAGGAGAGAGAAGGUGACUUACCCUUAUACCCCAUACACGGGUAAGUUGACCAUAAGAGACCACUUUUUUGGCAUGCUUCAUUAUCAAGACAGUUAUGUUUACACUCAUUCUGUUGGUUUGCAGGGAUGAACAACAUCUUGAAAUAUAUACAGAUACAUAAUUCAAAAACAAAACUAUGAUUGUCUUGAUGUAGUGAUCCCAAAUAUGAAAAAUGGCUCAUCUUACCCCAUUCUCCCCUAUACCACUCAAAGAGGGAACUACUACUGACUGCCAUGGUGAUAUCAAGCAUCUCCAAAGAAAUACUGAAGAAAAGCCAUUAGCUUCAGCCCUAUUCUGGAUAGUGACAAACAUUUACACCAAUGGUUACAUCAGUUCCCCUCAGUCUUCGUCUUUGUCGGUGCAGGUGUGGCUCAUAAUGAAGUUACAAGAACUGCUGUCCUGGAAUGUGCUAAUGGCAUGUUCUGUCAUACCAAGAUUCAGACUGUCAACCUUGCAUGCAAACAUCGUAGUGUGUUUCACGACUGCUAUGAGAAAACACUGUAACAUUUCCUUCCAACAUUUGUCCCUGCUAAAUCCAUCUGCAGUGUUCUCUCUUUCUGCAGACCCAGCGUAGCACUGAGAACACCCACAUGCACUUCUGUACAUUGAAUGAAUGUACUCAUGCAGCCUGAAUUGGACAUAACCCUGAGUUAAAAUCUAUUUUAAGCCAGAUCCCCUCCUUCCUCAAGCUCUGAAAACUCAUGCUCAUUGUGUUUGUUCAGUUUAGAGACUCUUUCUCUUUUCCUCUUUGUCUCCAGAUUUGUGCUGUCAGGGAACCUGCAUGGCGGCACUGUAGUUGCCAGUUACCCGUUUGAUGACUCAGCCUCCCACCAGCGUCAGGGCCACUACAGCCAGUCUGCGGAUGACAGCCUGUUUCGCCACUUGGCCUUGGUGUAUUCACAGCACCAUCCUGUGAUGAAAACUGGUCACCCAAACUGUCCUGAAGAGACUGACGAAACUUUUCAGGAUGGCAUCACCAAUGGGGCGCAGUGGUAUGAUGUACCUGGUAAGAUGGCCGAGUUCCUGAAAUGCUUACUUUAGUGUUUGAGAUUUUUCUUCAUCUGGAAAGUCCGAUGUCGUAACCACUGAUAUGUGCCCAUCUGGAAGCCAAGAAAGUUACUUUACUGUUUCACUGUGUGCAGUGAAUGUGGGUUUGUACAAGUUACGACCUGUUUGAGGAGACUCAUACUGAAAUGUGAAUACAAACUCCUUCUCUCUUGAUGUAGCAACACAUAAGCUAUUAUCAGAAAAAAAGGUUUAAUUACGCAAUGCAAUUGGAGCUAAUCUUUACAAGUUCCAAAAGCUGAAGUUUGACAAAUAAAUGCAGCUUGAAGAGAGCAUUUUUACUUAUCAAAGCUCCUUAAAGGCAGAUUGAUGCAAUGUAAUAAACCCUGUAAAAAGGCAGUAUAGAGUUCAGUGUUGAACUUGUCACAAACAGUGUCGAGUUACUGUGAGCAGGACAAGGCUGACAGUCGUCAUUCACAACACUGGUAAUGUCAUAUAUUCCGCCAUCAUUUCAGUCACACACUUAGACUUUUUGAAGCACCAAACACUCUGUAACAGCUUUAAGUUGGCUAGGCAUCAGAAUGCUGAUGAGUGUGAGCUCAGAGUUUUAGUCUAUCACAUCCUGUAAUAACUCUGAAGUGUCAGAGCAGUAGAAUUUGUUCCACAACAGCUUACUCUGAGCGUUUGACGAUUUGCUUCUUGGCUUGUUUCAUGGUCUUUGAUAAAAUGUCUCUUUUUUUUUUUCCAGCUUUUAUUUUCCCUCAUGAUUCCCACCUCUCUCAGGUUCAGUCAGAAACAGCUCUUCUCCUCAGGAGUUUGGCAGAAACUUGAUCAGCACACUGUCUGCUUUUGUUAUGCUGGUCUGACCGCGGGGUUGAGAGGUGGUGAUUUUUGCAGCUUCAGGUUACCACUGCUGUUUCUAUUCGAACAUUGUUUGUUGUAAUAUAUUACAGGCGAAGCUACAGUGAUUUUCCUCAGUUGAUUUUACAGUAAAAAGCGAGGAGUUGGCCCGUUUAUAAUUAUUGAACUGGACUGAAGUUCAACUUCCCUGAUUUUUAUCUUAUUACUUAAUGUAAAUUUCUUCCUGUUGCGUAAGAUGCUAGUGUGCACAUUUCCUGAUUUCAUUAGAUUGCUUUAAACAGUGUUAGUACCAGAUGUUUUUGACUUCAUGCUGAAAACAAUGCCCACACUUUUCACACUGUUUACCGCCUCAAGCAUGUAGAGCUGUAUGUCAUUACCACAAUGCUGAGCUCACAGAAACGAUCUCUUCAAGACCGAAACAGACAGCAGGAAGGUAAACCAGGUGCAUGAAUGAUGCUUGUGUCUAUCUGACUUGUGUCAUUGGUCUGAGCGGACACAAUGUCAGCGCUGCUAAAACUGGGCUAAUGGCGGAUGACGUUGGCGGUCAGGACUUUGUGUGUCAUAAUGAGGGCCAGGCAGAGAGCCAGCACAAGGAGUCAGGAACAGGAGCGUUUUUGUUUGGCAGUCAAGGCUUGAAAUAAUAAUCUAGCAUGAAAUGUUGUGUUGACUCUUAAUCUCGUGACACAUUCUAGCUGCUGAGUUAAGUGAACUUUACUCAUGUACUGCAGUUUUGUUCUACACUCUCAUGAUAUAGGAAUAUACAAUAUGUUGAUUGUUUUUCUCAGCUGUCUCUCUCUUCUUUCGCUCUCAUGAUGUCAGCUCUGUUGUGCUAUUUUCUCGCAGGUCAGGGUGUAAAAGGUUUAUGGGUCACUAAAGCUAGAGGCUUAGUUAUUGAAAUCAAGUACGUGUUGAAAGAAACACCCGACUACAAGGGAACAAGGUCCAGGAUGUGGUUUAACUGUGCGAAAAUACAGUACUCUUCUUUUGUUAAUCUCAGGUCUCACUGGAUCCUGAGUAAACGGACUGAACGUUGAUGCUGCGCCUCUGUCACAUGACAGUUUUUUCUUUCGUCAUAGUUUACUUCUCAAAUAUCACUUAAAUGUUUCAUUUGAAUAUCACUAAAAUAAGCAUAAGACAUCUGGCGUCUUGCCCUAACUUUGGCCCCAUUGUUUUACUGUAGACUUCCUGCUAUGUUCAGGGUGUGUCACUGGAUCCGGGACAUAGGCAGGAUAUGUCAGGUUGGGUUUCUGUCUUAGUGUUUGUCAUGUUCCAUCACCAUAUGGGAUGUGUUUGCUUUACUGCAAUGGUGCUUGAUUGAGUUUAAACUGCUUAAAAGUCACUGAGCAAAGGGUGAGGCCUUUAAGUCUUGUGACCCAUAGAGAGCAGCUCAGAGCUGAUUGUCUUGAGUAGGGUUUAGAUUUCCACACACAGUCUCGUGUUAUUUGCUCGCCACUAUGAGGUGAUAUUGUUUGGCAGCCACGUUUGGUUUGGUUGACAUAGCACCCUGCUGACUCUGCUGGGGGGUAAAGCCUCUAAUGAGUUACCCAGACACAUCUCUACAUACCAGCCCUCAUUCAAAAUAAGCUCAGAGGGCAUGGUCCUGUGUGUGUUUGCACCCACCUGCUUAGCACUGAAGGAUCACUCUGGUAAAGGGGAUAUCUAGGGAAGGGGACGUGUGAAAAACACAGCCGAAGAACUUGCCUGAAGUGACUUUUUCACAUGUUUUCCUCUGAGGUUGCCAAUUCUAUUUUCCACUGAAAGAACCUGGCAGCCACACACGCUUGCUAAGACAGAAGAACAGCUGUAGUUUGACCAUGGGUGUCUCUGCUGUAUUUUGGGUGCUCUGCUGUCGGAGCCAAGGCGUCUACCACAUCACAGCCUUCUGUUUUUCCCCUUAGUUUCCAGCGUAGCAGUGUCAUUUCCUUUACUGCAAAAGCUCCUUUUUUGUCAGUCAAUUAAGUCACUUUCAAUAAAAAAUCUUAUCAUGCGGCAAGCAGGAGAGAUUUUUUUAAAAGGGCACAAGUACAGGGUCUGUUACUUAAACCAAAUGGUAAUCAGAUGGGUUAAAUCGUCAAACCUUUAUUUUUUCAGUUAAACAGAAAAGAAUUGUAGAAAUACUUAACAAAAGAGAAGUGUUUUAUGGUGAUUUUGGGAGGGAGAGAGGGCAGCAAGGAGGUUUGGUUGUGAAUUGAAAAGCUGCAUUCAUUAUGAUUAAUCUCCUUAAAGUAAAGUAACUUUGUAUUGUGAAGUUCUGUCUUUCUAAAUAUCAGAUGUUUGAGUAACUGACUACAUUUAUGUUGGCCUGAGAGAAACAGUCACCUACGCCAAAGAAUGUGCUUGUUUAUUUGUGUCUCAGGCUUUUGUGCGCAGAUGUUUGUCUAUCCGUGGUGGUGUGUUUGAUGUCCUCUCCAUUCUGACUGGCUGAAGUCAGGUUGCCCUGCUGCAGUUAUUUGUCAAUGUUUGGUGGUUGAGUCCUUUCACUUUUACUGCCACAGAGUGGCAAAUGGUGGCUGUUUUACUGGGUUUUUGUUGCCGCCCAGCAGGCUGUCAUGGCAACCCUCCAGCCCGGGAGCCUGGGCGCCCGCUUUCGCCCCACUGGAUAGUAGUGCAGAGAAGCCUGCAGUCAUGCUUGUCUCUCUGUUUGCCACACUAAAGGGCUAGGUUGGCCUGCAAAGUGCAGGUGUCAUGGCUUGAUUCCACAUUAAACACAAUCUUUCAACUGAGCGGCUCAAGCCUUCCCAGACUGAGCCGUUUGAGUGGCCUAACACCCGCCAAGUCACGUUUAGGAAAAAGGGUGUAUUUUAGAAAAUCUCACAUAUUAGACAGAGAAAUCACCGGUAUUAUAUCUCUUUGUUUAUACAACAUUGUAUUAUAUGGUGAAGCUCUACCUGACUUGUUUAUUAAGUUGUUGGUCUGUUGUCUAGGUGGGAUGCAGGACUAUAACUACCUCUAUGGAAACUGUCUGGAAAUCACCAUGGAGCUGAGCUGCUGCAAAUAUCCCCUAGCUACUGAGCUCCACAGAGAGUGGGACCUGAACAGGGAAUCACUGCUAGCCUAUAUUGAACAGGUGGGUGUUCAUUUGACUUGAUGACAAAUAAGCAUUUGUUUUAAUGAGCACUCAGAUUAUUGUAUAUUUUAAAGUAUUACACCACAAUCAAAAUCUACCUGAUGUCCUCUGCCUUUAUGUGAGAUGGUUUCAUGAUUAAAACUGCUUUCUUCUAGAUCCACAUUGGUGUUCGUGGUUAUGUGAAAGAGGCCGUCAAUGGCACUGCUCUUGCAAAUGUCAGCAUUGUGGUGGAAGGCAUCCGUCACAACCUGACAACAGGAGAGUAUGGGGAGUUUUACCGACUCCUAAUACCAGGAACAUACAACAUCACAGCCGCAGUCUCAGGGUGAGACAUACCACUGAACUUCAUUUGCAUAGCAGGUUUUCAAAAUCAGGGCUUGAGCUUUGAAGGAAUGCUAAAUAAUAGAUCUUUGAGCCUUGACAGGUCAAUAACUACACAGAUGUAGUAUGAAAUUUACUUCCUCUUAUGUUUACAGUGUAACUCUUUGACUGAAAUAAAGAGCGAUUAAGAAGGAAGCUGCACCAACCAGUUUUUAUCUUGCAGCAUCUGCAGUGUUAAGUUUGCCGUUUCCUGGUCCAGAAGAAAACCUCAAACACGUGUCUUUCUUCUGUUCACAGAUACACACCAAUGACAGCCCAGGGCGUCCAGGUCAUGGAGGGUAAAGCCAUAGAGCUCAAUUUUACUUUGGCACCAGUGGUCAGAGAUGCUGCCGGCAGCACCCCUAUCACCACAUCGUCCAUGCCAUCCACUAAAGAUCCAAAAACCUCCACCCCCACCAUCAUUAACACCUCCACCUUCGCCCAGACCAACACAAAUGCACCUAAAGGGAACGACAAUAGUACUCCUGUGCUUCCAAAAGAAAAUCAGCCCAUCCAGCCGCAGGAGUUUCGUCACCACAACUUCGCUGACAUGGAGCUGUUCUUACGCAAGUACAGCAGCGAGUUCCCUUCUAUUACCCAUCUGUACUCUGUAGGAAACUCGGUGGAAGGCAUGGCGCUGUAUGUGAUGGUCAUCUCAGACAACCCUGAUGUCCAUGAGCAUGGUAUGUACCUCAAGGUUACUGCAGCCUAGACAAGAUAUGAAGAACUUAAUCGAUCCCUGAAGGGAAAUUCAAUAACUGUCAAUGUCAAUAAAACUUUAACUAUUACAAGUUUUCUCUUUAAUUUCACUUCCUUGUGUUUCUAUGUCAGGUGAGCCAGAGUUCAAGUAUGUGGCCAACAUGCACGGUAACGAAGUGGUGGGGCGAGAGUUAAUGCUUAACCUCAUUGAGUACUUGUGCCGCAACUAUGGGACGGACCCGGAGGUCACAAAGCUGGUCAACAAUACCCGCAUUCACAUCAUGCCCUCUAUGAACCCUGAUGGUUAUGAGGCAGCCACUGAAGGUAAGAGGACAUUAAUUUGUAAUCUCAAGACUCCAUCCUGAGACCAGUGUGAGGAGGAGUAUUUGGUGCACACGUUCCCCCAACUUGGCAAAACUGGAGCCCUGUUAUUAUUAUUCUUAUGUUGUGGGGUUUUUUGUCCUCCCCUGGACCAGGUGAAGCUGAUGGCCUAUUAGUGGCUUCACCUGGGGAAGACAAAAACGUAACAAGAGACACAAACAAACAGCCGUAACAGAGGCAGAUACUUAAUCAUGUGUCCACACAGGUGUUAUCUGUUUCGCUCUUGGCAAAAGAGCACACGCAUCAUUAUAGAGAUACUGUAAUUUGAUCUCCUGUCUUACAUUCCUCGAGUCUAUGCUGCUGAUGUUAUCAAGUGUACAGCUGUCCUGAAUGAAACAGGGCUCACAAAGUAACCAGACCACAAGUUAGUGCCUGUGUUUUUGAGAACUAUGUAGGGUAGGGGUUAAAAGAUAAGAAUUUUAAGCAUUUUAAGACAAUACAGAUUCCUAGAAGAGGAAAAAAAAGAGGAUGGAACAAAACAAUGACAUCACAUCAGAAUAAAUACAGAUAAAAUGAUGAGAGGCAGUCAGUAACCAAUAAAUAAACCAAUAAAUGAGAUGAUAAGCAAGCAAAUAAAUGAAAUAACUGUUAAACUUAUUCAUGUGCACCAUUUUGCUUCAAGAACUCCUCUUCCUAAAUAUGCAAAUACACGUUAGCUUCUGCUAUUGUCUAACAGGAAGUAAACAUGAAAUGGAGCUGGGCUAGUUUCCCUCAGCACGCUGUGGUAUCAAACAGAGAUGUCUGCCAACGACAACUUACCGCUUCUGUCUGUUUCUUCACAGGCGAUGUAAAGGGCUACAGAGGACGCAACAACAGCAACAAUUUUGAUCUGAACCGUAACUUCCCCGACCAGUUUGUCACCAUCACUGAGCCCAGACAGCCAGAGACCAUAGCUGUGAUGAACUGGCUGAAGAGCAUCCCCUUUGUCCUGUCAGCCAACCUCCAUGGAGGUAAAGUGUCCGAUUGUUAAUUAAUGGUUGGAUGCUAUCAGUGUCAAAGCUGGUUUUUGACGGCAAGCCUGAGAGUGUUACUGCAGGCGACCCUUAGUUAACACAGGCAUGUUUUGUCUUAUCUUAUUUGUGUUGUAACAUGAAGGUUCCUUGGUGGUCAACUACCCCUAUGAUGAUGACAAAAAAGGGACGUCUGAAUACAGCCCGUCCCCUGAUGACAAAGUCUUUCAGCAGGUGUCCAAAGCUUACGCACAGGUAACUGGACGCUGUGUCCUUCAGCUGGGAUGAAGUCUGGGUUUGGAUAACGAAAAGACCGUUGAAACCUGAACAAAAAAGAGUUUUUCCAGAGUUUUCACUUGUGUGUUGUUGCUCAUGCAGGAGAAUCCCAUGAUGCACUUAGGGCACCCAUGUGAGGACCUGUACCCUGAGGAGUAUUUUCAGGAUGGCAUCACCAAUGGUGCCAAUUGGUACAAUGUUCCUGGUAUGUUUCCAUCUCCUUCUCUAUCUAUCGACAUAAAAUUUCAUCUAUUUCUCCCACAAACCAAAGACUUCUUUUUGAAUUUGAGUUUUCCAAUAAAUAUAUUUUAUCUGGUUGUGAUAACUAGCAGACAUAUUAUUGACAGAUUUGAUUCAGUUUCUUAAAAAAAAUUUGGUCUGCAUAUUUGUAAUUAUUCAAAUAAAAAUCUUGAUCAAGCUACUGCAGUUGUAGGCUUUCAUUAGAUCUUAAACAAUGUUCAUAAUAUUAAAAUUUUGCUGAAGAAAUUUUUAUUAAUUCCCUGAGAUAUUGGCUUUGAUUUCUGACCAGAGGUAUAAUUAGUGGCAGGGAAGCAGGCUGCACCAUCUUACCCUGGAGCCAUUAUUUAUUUGUGCUCGAGGGUUGCAGCAGUCAAAUAAAUCUUCUACUCGUGGUUUAAAAUAUAAGCUUUUGGGCUCUUUUGUCUACAGGUGGUAUGCAGGACUGGAACUACUUAAACACCAACUGUUUUGAGGUGACCAUCGAACUGGGCUGUGUGAAGUACCCCAUGGCCAAAGACCUGCCGCAGUACUGGGAACAAAACCGUCGAGCCCUGCUUCAGUUCAUCCAGCAGGUAAAAACAUCGUCUUUUUUUCUGCUUCUGUUUACUCUCAUCAUUUUUGCAUCCGCCCAUAUCUGUGUAAAUAUGUCUGUGUGUAGGUCCACAAUGGUGUAAAAGGCACAGUGUCAGACAUCAGGGAUGACACAGGGAUUCCUAAUGCCACCAUAAGUGUUGAGGAGAUAGACCACAACAUCAUGACGGCUCAUACUGGAGACUACUGGAGACUUUUGGCACCUGGAACUUACUCCAUCACCGCCUCUGCCCAUGGGUGAGAUUAGGAUUUCAGAGGGAGGAAAAUAAGAUAAUUUCUCUCUUUGUUUCUCUUAUUACCUCUGAUAAUAUUCCCUCUUGUUUCUUGUAAUGUUGACUCAAUCAAAUUCUCUCUUCUGCAGUUAUAAACCCGUGAGGACCUACGCCACUGUGCCCAGGGAUGGCGUAGAGAUUGUGGACUUCAAAUUGACACGCAUACACUCAGACCAAAACGGCCACUCCUCUGCUGGUCCCCUGCCCACGGAGAAUCCGUCUGAGAAGGCAUUCCAGAGCUUAAUUAAGGACCUCUCUUUAGGCCAGGGUUUGGAGCAGCUGGUCAAAAGUACAGACACUAAGAGCAGCUUCCGCUACAGACGUUACAAGGAGAUGUCAGACUUUGUGAGAGGCCUUACCCUUAACUUUCCCAAGAUAACAUCUUUACGCAGGUGGGCAGGUUUUACUUCUCCCCUCUCUUGAGUUUAUCCAAACAUAAACAUUUCAUGUAAUGCUUUUAUACCUCCCUAAACUCGUUACUGUCAGAUCUUCUCUGUGCUGCUUUAUUUUCUUAUAAUUGUGUAUUUAUGUUUUUUUAUUCUCUUCUUUGUCUCCAGGUUGGGACAGAGUGUUGAGUUCAGGACCAUUUGGGCUUUGGAAAUCUCUAAUAAGCCGGGACAAGCUGAACCAUCAAAACCCAAGCUGCGUUUCUCAGCAGGAAUCCAUGGUAAUGCCCCCGUGGGCACAGAGCUCCUGCUGGAGUUUGCUGCCUUCCUGUGUAUCAACUAUGGCAAGAACCCAGCCAUUACCAGGGUGAGUACUCCCCUGAGAAAAUAGGCUGACGAAAGAAACUUCAUAUGUGUCAACUUUAUCACCAUAAGGUUACUCUUACACUGAAAAGCAGCAGAUUUUUCUGUAAAAAAUAUGGAUAAUUCUCUGAGAGCAAGAGCAGUAAUCACAGUAUGUAAGGAAAUCAUUUAGGUCAUUAAGGAUUCUGUCUUUAAUCUCUCCUUCCAGCUGGUCAAUGAGACCCGUAUUGUUAUCGUGCCAUCCAUCAACCCAGAUGGGCGAGAAUUGGCUAUUGAGAAGCAGUGCGACUCCACUCAGGGCCUGGAAAACGCUCAUGGGAAGGACCUGGACACAGAUUUCUUUGGUUAGUUAGACACCAUAGAAUUUAACCAAGUCUGUUAUUUAAUAAAUGAAUGUCUUUACUUGUGCGCUCACAAUCCCACUUGUUUCCCUCUUUUUUUAAGGCAACGCGUCACAACGAUUCCUGGAGGCCCAACCAGAGACCAGAGCCUUGAUGGACAUGAUUGUAGAUAAAAGUUUCACACUCUCUGUAGCCCUUGAUGGAGGCUCCCUGGUGGCGACUUAUCCUUAUGACAAGCCUGUGCAGCCUGGUAAAAACACUAUACAGAACUCUUCUUUUUAAUGAUAUGAGUUUUCAUCAACUCCAAGUUAGACACAUUUUUAAACUCCUGUAAAGCCGUUUUUAUCCUCUCUCUUUUUUUUUCUAGUUGAAAACGAGGGAACAUUGAAAUACCUGGCGAGUGUUUAUGCCAACAACCAUCCCAAGAUGCACCUGGGGGACACUGGAUGUUCAAAUAAUGGCCAGAGUAUGUCGUUUAAACACACUCCAUAAUUUUACAUGACACGCCCGUGUCUAAUAAAAGUUGUUCUCAAGAUUCCAGAGGUUUUUAUCUCAAUAAACUUUUCUCUUACUCAGUCGGCAACAUCCCAGACGGAGUCAUGAGGGCAGCAGAGAGACAAAGUCACAUGGGGAGCAUGAAGGUAAAUUUUCCACUAAAGGGUUGUUUCAACAGUUUUAUUUAUUUAGAUGUAAAUGAUAAUAAUAAUAAUAAUAAUAAUAAUAAUAAUAAUAAUAGUUUUUAGUUUUAACGUGCUUUUAGAGGUGCUCAAAGACGCCUUACAAAGGAAAAGAAGAAAAUAAAAUAAGAUAAAACAUUAUUUAAAUUACAGAAAAUUUAGAGAAAUAAAAAAAACAAAAUGUUUCUGGGAUACAUAAUGUUACUGUAUUUUUCGCACUAUAAGGCACACCUGAUUAUCAGGCACACCAUCAAUGAACGCAUCUAUUUGCGUCUAUUUUCAUACAUAAGGUGCAUUAAGCCAAACAAAACAGUCAGAAAAGUCAAACUUUAUUUAACUCAUUCAGUAACUCAGCGAGGCUUCGGUAGCUGCAGUGCUCAGACAAGCCAUCAGGCUUUGCAGCUUUGUAGCUUACUGAAGUCGUAAUAAAACAUUUUGACAGAUUUUUUAACGCGGUGUACCACAUUAAAUCGAUUCGAGGUCAGUAAGCGCAACCAGAAUUCGUACAUAAGGCGCACCUGAUUAUAAGGCGCACUGAGGAUUUUUGAGUGCACCUUAUAGUGCAAAAAAUAUGGUGAUUAUGAAACUUUAGUUGAGUCAACAAUAACGUAAAGUUGACUCUGAAAUAAGAUCCUGUCUUAGUUUUGUCAUAAUGUGUCUGUGUAUCUUAUCAGGACUUCAGUAUGGACUUUGGCCACUGUCCAGAAAUCACUGUGUAUACAGGCUGCUGUUUGUACCCUUCUGCCGAGCAGCUGGCCACACUCUGGGCUGAGAACAAGAGGGCUCUCCUCAGCAUGCUGGUGGAGGUAUGGAGUAAGAUUUCAUCCCACAGCAUGGAGAAGUUUAAUCCUGUUAUGAAAACAUUUAGAUAUACGUGCAGCUUUCUUUAUUUUCAGCAAACUAUUACAGAUCAUAGUUUUUGCAGUCAUCUGAUAACCUAGAUUUACCCUCCUCUCUUACCUCAUCCAGGUCCAUAAAGGGGUGCGUGGUGUGGUGAGGGACAGAAGUGGGAAGCCUAUCGUUGGGGCAAUCAUUAUCUUGAAUAGGGGAGUCAAAAUCUUUACUACAGAGGGCGGAUAUUUUCACGCUCUGCUGGCCCCUGGCAACCACAACAUUGAAGCUGUUGCCGAUGGCUACCAACAACAACGACAAGAGGUACGUGGUCAUAAUGUUGACAUACUUUGAUUUAUGUGUUUCAGGAAGAUAACCAUGACGGUAAAUAUACACAAUCACCUUGUUGAUGACACAAAGGCAGGAGUUGAUUGACACGUAGGACUUUAGAUACAGACUCUUUUUCUAAAUGCAGCAUGUACAGAAAAUGUCCUUCAUAAUUCUUGCAUGACUGACUUGAUGAGAAUUUUCAUUGCAACAUGAUGAACAUUUGGAAAGAUUUCUCCAAAAAACAUUUGAAAUGUUAAUUCAUCAACUUUAAAGGAAAACAAAACUAUGUUAACAGAGUGUGAGAGGACAGAAAUAAAAAAAACACUCGUGUCAUGGAUUGAAAGUCUGUGGGGUAAUGUCACUGUGGCUCCCCUUUACAGUCUAUGUCUAUGACAGGAGCAGGUCGAAGCACACAGAACCUCUCCAGCACCUCCACUUGUCCAUUCGUCUGCUCUGAAAUCUGAAGCAUGGGGUACGCUAGCUCUUUAAACAGCUGCUCCUUAAUGUCACACCCCAGCUCCAGGCUGUAGGCUAAGAGCUUCCCGCUUGGACUAAAGAGCAGAGGAUCCACCACUGAAUGAUAUAUCCUCUUGUACUCGGGCACUGUAAAGCCAUGGAUCAGCAGAGGUUCCUGUUGACUAUUUGAGGUCUUGUCUUUGGUCUGAAGGGUUCCGUCUUUGCAGGACAGUUUGAGAUCUGGAAGAACUGCAGCAUUCUUAAUAUAUCUGUCAUCCGGGGGUUUCUGGUGGGGCACUUCACUCUGCUCAUACACAAAAUCCGAAUUGCAUCCAGGAGCCAGCAUGUAUUUCCUCUCUUUGACCGUCUCUCCAUAUUUUUUAGGACAGCGAAUACUCUGCCUCAGGCCAUAGGGACGCAUUUCAUUCCUCUGGAAGCUAAAAAUGACGUCAGGAUCAGUAGAUUAGAACUCUGUAUAAAUGAUUCUGUGUCUGUCUGUGGGAGAACAACCACAAAAAAAAAGAAGUCAGGAUGCACUGACUCUUUGGAACAAACUCUGGGUGCAUAUUCAGACACUCACAUCUUGAGCCUUGGGUCUUAAGGAUGAAAAAAUAACACAUUUCUGUCAAGAGAAAUCAAGCAGGUUACAUAAAAAUACAUUCUGAGAGUCCUGUGAUUUACCUUUUGGAUGAAAGCUGGGAAUUUUGGGAUUUUUAUGAUCCACCACCCCAAUGCUAUUUUGGACAUUUAAGACAACCUGCAGCACAUUAUGCUGAGCAGUCACACCUGCAAAUGAGGCUUGCUAAUCAGGUGAUUAGCAGCCACAUUUCUGCAGGGAGCUUAAACACACCACUAAAGGGAUUUCAGAGUCAUUCAGAGAAGCAGCCAGAAUGGAUAACAAGUUGAGGUAGAGCUGGAUGAUGUUACUUCUUUGUUGUUGCAUUUAUGGUGUAGUGAAAUUCUUGUUUGAAAAAGGACAACAAGCCAAAAUACCUCUAUCAUCUCAAUGUAAUGUUAAAUUUAAGAUUAAGCCUUUUGAGAGCCGUGGUUUGAAAUUGAGAACAUUUUAGCUGCAUACAUCUUACCUCGUCUGCUGUGAUUUGUUUAUGUUCAGAGGUCCCCAAAACUAAUAAGGAGAGCAGAGAAAUGUUUGACUCUGAUGUGUGAUCUAAAAUCCACUUGUAGUAAUGAUGAUGAAAGCAGUUAUGAAACUGACGGUGUUUCAUGGAGGCUGAAAGGCUUAUUGACUUUUUUUUGUUCUUUGUUUUAGGUGACGGUGUCUUCUUAUGAAGCUGCCAGCUCCAUCGUCAUUGAGUUUGACAUGGACAAUAACAUCUUUGGUCUGCCAAGAGAGUUUGUGGUGGCCAGUGCAGGUAAUUAAUCACAGUGAAUAAAAUUUCUUUCAAUAGCUAGCAUGCGUUGUAGUCUUAGUUUAUGGCAGACAUGCUGAACUUUCUUUCUUUUCUGCUUCUGUGCAGCUGCCUCCAUGACCGCCCUGGUUGUGACGGCGUGCAUCAUCUGGUGUGUGUGCGCAGCCAAGUCGAACCGUCAGAAAGAUGGCUUCCACAGAUUGCGUCAGCACAGAGAUGAUUAUGAAGACGAGAUCCGGCUCACCUCUAUGGGCUCCAAGAAGUCGCUGCUGGCUCACGAGUUUCAGGACGAUAGCGAGAGCGACGAGGAGACACUUUAUGCCAACAAAAUCUGA